CCCAAGCUUCAAAGAGGAAGGGAAAAAGUGAGGCCAAUGGGAGAGAAGUUGUUGCUGUGUUGAAUGAAAUAAAUUCAAUUUUUUUCAUUUAUUAGCAUCUAAGUCGUAGAUCUUGGCUUAAGUGACGUAGUCAAAUCCUAACCUUGACCAGAGAAUUUGGCUGGCGACGGUCCGGACUCGCUGAAGGGAGGGCCUUCAUGUUGGACAAUCGAUUACUUCCACGGUCUUCAACAAUGACCCUUCAAACGUGUAAGCUUGGAGGCAAAACUCCAAAGGUUUGGCACAUCCCUGAGUUUGAGAUUAUUUAGUUGAGGGAACAUGAGAAUAUUAUCCACUCACACUUGUUUUUGUGUGUGUUUUUGCUUUUAAACAAACAUGGCUCUCAUAGCAGAGAAGACCACCACAGGCCGUGAAUACAAGGUCAAGGACAUGUCCCAGGCCGACUUCGGCCGCCUCGAGAUCGAGCUCGCCGAAGUCGAAAUGCCGGGUCUCAUGUCCUGCCGGGUCGAGUUCGGCCCAUCACAACCCUUCAAGGGCGCCCGCAUCACCGGUUCGCUCCACAUGACGAUCCAGACCGCCGUCCUCAUCGAAACCCUAACCGCCUUGGGAGCCGAAGUCCGGUGGUGCUCCUGCAACAUCUUCUCCACCCAGGACCACGCCGCCGCCGCUAUAGCCCGCGACUCCGCCGCCGUGUUCGCCUGGAAGGGAGAAACCCUCGAGGAGUACUGGUGGUGCAUGGAGCGGGCCCUCGACUGGGGCCCCGGCGGCGGACCCGAUCUGAUUGUCGAUGACGGCGGUGACGCCACUCUGCUGAUCCAUGGGGGGGUGAAGGCGGAGGAGGAUUUUGAGAAGAGUGGGAAGGUUCCAGAUCCGAGCUCUACUGACAACGCGGAGUUUCAGAUCGUGUUGAGUAUUAUUAGGGAUGGACUGAAGACUGAUCCCAAGAGGUAUCACAAGAUGAAGCAGAGAUUGGUUGGAGUUUCGGAGGAGACGACUACUGGUGUCAAGAGGCUUUAUCAGAUGCAGGCUGAUGGAACUUUGUUAUUCCCUGCUAUCAAUGUCAAUGACUCCGUCACCAAGAGCAAGUUUUAUAACUUGUAUGGCUGUCGCCACUCACUCCCUGACGGUUUGAAGAGAGCCACUGAUGGUAUGAUUGGUGGAAAGGUCGCUGUUGUCUGUGGUUAUGGUGACGUUGGCAAGGGCUGCGCCGCUGCAAUGAAGAAAGCUGGAGCACGUGUGAUCGUUACUGAGAUCGAUCCAAUUUGUGCCCUUCAGGCUCUUAUGGAGGGCCUCCAAGUUCUAACCCUCGAAGAUGUGGUCUCAGAAGCUGAUAUCUUUGUCACCGCCACUGGCGACAAGGACAUCAUCAUGGUUGACCACAUGAGAAAGAUGAAGAACAACGCCAUUGUCUGCAAUAUUGGCCAUUUUGAUAAUGAAAUUGACAUGCAUGGGCUUGAGACAUACCCGGGUGUGAAGAGGAUCACGAUUAAGCCCCAAACAGACAGGUGGGUUUUCCCCGACACCAAGUCAGGCAUCAUUGUCUUGGCUGAGGGGCGGCUUAUGAACUUGGGUUGUGCCACAGGGCAUCCCAGCUUUGUGAUGUCUUGCUCUUUCACUAACCAAGUGAUUGCCCAGCUUGAGCUGUGGAAGGAGAAGAGUAGUGGCAAGUAUGAGAAGAAGGUGUAUGUUUUGCCCAAGCACCUUGAUGAGAAGGUCGCAGCACUUCACCUUGGUAAGCUCGGAGCUAAGCUCACCAUUCUCACCAAGGACCAGGCUGAUUACAUUAGCAUUCCGGUUGAGGGUCCUUACAAGCCUGCUCACUACAGGUACUGAGGAAAGAGAGCAGAGAAUAGAACAUCUGAAUGGCAUGGUUGUUUUUGUUUUCUUUUAUGCUUUGAUUUGAAGUAGAACGGAAGUUUUUUUUUUUUUUUUGUUAUAUAAAUGAUGGGGGUUGUGUUUGGUGGUGGUGAGGGUUGAGAGGUAACAAAUGGAUUCUUCUUUGUGAAUUGAAGCCCAUAAAAACCCUAAUCGGCCCCAAUAGCAUAGUAAUCAUUUCUACAUGUUAAUAUUAAUUAUUUAACUAUGAGGCUUUUGACCUUUGUAAUUUUAUUUUGAGCUUUACUUUUGAACUAUUUCAAUA